AAUAGUUCGCGGAGCGGCGUCCUGCCUGCGCUAGCGGCGGCAGAGGCGGAGGCAGAGAGGAGAGGAGGGCGGAGGAGGCGGAGGAGGCUGCGGCAGAGAAGAAAGUGUCAGAGCCGGUUCGGCUUUAGAGUGUAGUGAAGGAUACUUUUCAUGGUGCAUGGAAGGAAAGCCAAUGCGCAGGUGUACCAACAUUCGCCCAGGAGAGACUGGUAUGGACGUAACAAGCCGCUGCACCCUUGGAGACCCCAACAAACUGCCAGAAGGGGUUCCCCAACCUGCCCGUAUGCCCUAUAUCUCAGACAAGCACCCUCGACAAACCUUGGAAGUGAUUAACCUACUGAGAAAGCACCGGGAGCUAUGCGAUGUGGUGCUAGUUGUGGGCGCUAAAAAGAUAUAUGCUCAUCGAGUUAUUUUGUCAGCCUGUAGUCCCUACUUCCGAGCUAUGUUUACUGGAGAAUUGGCGGAGAGCCGUCAGACAGAGGUCGUGAUCAGAGACAUAGAUGAGAGGGCCAUGGAGCUUCUGAUUGACUUUGCAUAUACCUCCCAGAUAACUGUGGAGGAAGGCAACGUUCAGACCCUUUUGCCAGCUGCCUGCCUCCUCCAGCUGGCAGAAAUACAGGAAGCCUGCUGUGAAUUCUUAAAGAGACAAUUAGAUCCUUCUAACUGCCUGGGCAUUCGGGCUUUUGCUGACACACAUUCUUGCCGUGAGUUGCUGAGGAUAGCAGACAAGUUCACUCAGCAUAACUUUCAAGAGGUAAUGGAGAGUGAAGAGUUCAUGUUACUUCCAGCCAAUCAACUCAUUGAUAUCAUUUCUAGUGAUGAGCUGAAUGUUCGCAGUGAAGAGCAAGUGUUCAAUGCAGUGAUGGCGUGGGUCAAGUACAGUAUUCAGGAAAGACGCCCUCAGUUGCCCCAGGUGCUACAGCAUGUCCGUUUGCCCUUGCUUAGUCCCAAGUUCCUGGUGGGCACAGUAGGCUCUGAUCCUCUCAUUAAAAGUGAUGAAGAAUGCAGGGUCAAGAGGAAGAGAAUGAAGAAGAGAGGACUGAGCCUCCAGUAUUCCAUUCCAGACUUGGUGGAUGAGGCUAAAAACUACCUCCUGUUGCCUCAAGAACGACCACUAAUGCAAGGACCAAGGACAAGACCACGGAAACCUAUCCGAUGUGGAGAAGUACUCUUUGCAGUUGGUGGUUGGUGCAGUGGAGAUGCCAUUUCCAGUGUUGAACGAUAUGAUCCUCAGACCAAUGAAUGGCGAAUGGUAGCUUCAAUGAGCAAAAGGCGAUGUGGAGUUGGGGUCAGUGUUCUUGAUGACCUAUUAUAUGCAGUAGGAGGCCACGAUGGAUCCUCUUACCUAAAUAGUGUUGAAAGAUAUGAUCCCAAAACAAACCAAUGGAGCAGUGAUGUGGCCCCUACAAGCACCUGCAGGACCAGCGUGGGGGUGGCCGUCCUCGGAGGCUUCCUAUAUGCUGUGGGGGGCCAGGAUGGUGUGUCUUGCCUCAACAUUGUUGAGAGGUAUGACCCAAAGGAGAACAAGUGGACUCGGGUAGCGUCAAUGAGUACCAGAAGACUCGGCGUGGCCGUGGCCGUGUUGGGAGGGUUCUUGUAUGCCGUAGGUGGCUCUGAUGGGACAUCUCCACUCAACACAGUGGAGCGCUACAAUCCUCAGGAAAACAGAUGGCACACCAUAGCCCCUAUGGGGACCCGGCGGAAACACCUGGGCUGUGCAGUGUAUCAGGACAUGAUUUAUGCCGUGGGAGGGAGAGAUGACACCACAGAGCUCAGCAGUGCUGAGAGAUACAACCCCAGAACUAACCAGUGGUCUCCGGUAGUGGCCAUGACAUCCCGCCGCAGUGGAGUGGGCCUGGCCGUGGUCAAUGGACAACUUAUGGCCGUGGGAGGUUUUGAUGGCACAACCUACCUGAAGACCAUCGAAGUGUUUGACCCCGAUGCCAAUACCUGGAGGUUAUAUGGCGGGAUGAAUUACCGUCGGCUAGGAGGGGGUGUAGGAGUUAUUAAAAUGACACAUUGUGAAUCCCAUAUAUGGUGAAUAUGUAGAAGACUGUCUUGAACCUGCUUCUCUGUAUUCUGGAGACCUCUGACUUUGAAGCUUUGUACAGCUUGAGAAAACAUUAGAACAAAUUUUAUUCUUUGCCGGUGCCUCAACAUAUGGGAAUGCAAAUCUGAUGACAGUGCUUCACCUGCAAGAUGCCACCUUUGCACAAUAAUUUCCAACUCUGUGCAGAAGAAUAUUUAUUUUUGGUUUUAACUUAUCAUGGUGUUUUGGUUUGGGGGUGUUUGGGGCUUUGUUUUUUUGUUUUUGUUUUUACUUAUCCUUCCUCCCAAGAAAAGAAGACAACGACUACAGUUCCAAGCAGCAAAACUUACUUUGAUUUUUAAGGUAUUAACUUAAUUUUGAAAAUACAAAUACUGAUAAGGGCAGAAGGGCUAUUAUGGUCUGGUGGUCAUAUCUACUGGACACUCCAUCCAUGUCCUCCACCACUUACCAGGACUCCCAGUGACAGAGAUGGGAAUGCACAGUGUGUGAACUACUCGUCAUUCUCAUACUCAGCACCACAAGACUUGAAAAUCUAAAAUAAAAAGGAAUCAUCUCAUUAAAUAGUACAAUUCAGAAGGAAUAUUAAAUCAUCAAAAGCAGGAGUCUAAUGCUGCAGUUUUCAUCAGUGGAAGUUUUCGUCUUAUUUCCUUCUAAUGGACUUGUUUUCAACUCUAGUUACUAAAGUCUUUUUUAUCAUAAUAUUCUCAUGGAGUUUCUGCUAGACCUAUACUUUGAUCAGUGCCUCUUAUAAAAAUGGGAAUGCAUCUCAUUUGCUGUCUUGAGACCCCCCAACCACAUGCAGCUCUGCAAGAGUUUUCACUCACAGACUCACCAGUGGAAGCCACUUCCCUUGCUGUUUCCUCAUUGCUGCCCAGGAUGGCAGGGAGAAAUGUCCUCUCCCCAGCAGUGAAUUCUGUUGAGUAAUUUACCCUUGAUACUCAGGCCUGGUGAAGCUGAGGCUUACCUUUAAUAACAGCCUCCAAAGGAAUGAAGUCUUCAGUUCACGCAAUCCACUGAGGCAUUUUAUCAAUAUCUGGGUUCUUUUACGCAAACUAUACAUCAUUAGCUUCACUCCAUAAGGCCACUGUAACUAUUUCUCUCAAAUUGCAUUUUCUGGUGAAAAGUUAAAAUUUUUAAGGAAAUAAAUGAUAUUCAGUGGUUAAAGUUUUUUUCCCUCGUUAUAUUCAUAGACCAAUUUUUUCAAUUAUUUUGCAGGAAAACCUUUGAAUAAGACUUUAACCGCACACUGGGCAUGGUGGUGCGCGUCUGUAAUCCCAGCUACUCGAGAGGCUGAGGCAGGAGGAUUGCAAGUUGGA